CACCUGGAGUCAGGGAGCAGGACGCAGGGCAAAGGGCGAUAUUGCUGGAGGGCCCAGUGAACGGAUGGUGUGUUGGGGCUCGGAUGCCGAUAACAGCACUCAGCCAGAUCAGUUGACAGUAUUAAGCCAGAACACCAUUCAAUUCGCACAUACCAACCGCUGGAGUUCCCUGAUAUCACUGCUCUUGAAAGAGCGCUGAGCAUCCUGGUUCCCUGUUGCGGCUGCUCCGGACGGCGAUGGAUCCGCCCCGUUGACGUCGCUAUCGAUGCGGCCGGGGAUCAGACCGGGUGGCUUGCCCUGGCGAUUGUUGCGCUGUUGCUCCUGUUCGGGGCUUGUCGGCACCGCGCACUCGGCAUCAUCGGCAUCAUCCGGGCGUCAACAGCGAUCGCAACGCACAAGCCCAGUUCCGCCGAGCCAUCAACACUGGAGGGCUCACGGCGCUGUCGCAGAUAUCGUUCAAACAACCGCUGUCCAUCGACCCUGCUUUUGCCUCCCGCUUCCAUUCAAAAUGAUCAGAUCCUCCAGAGCAAUGGCCGUGCGCCACGGCCGUCUGGCCCUUGCAUCGGCUUCGUCCAUCGCCCAGCCCCGGCUGCUGCCAUCCCAGCUCCGUAACUGCUGCGGUUGCUACGGGCAGCAGCUUGCUGUCUUUUUCAGGACGGCCACCCCGAAUCGCUGGGCGGCCAGUGCGUCCACCCGGCUCCUCUCCACAAAAUCCGGCCAAGAUGCCGGGAUCAUCACCACACACGAGCUUGAAGGGCUCAUCGCCGACGCCGAAAAGUCUGGAAAGCAGAACUAUAUCUUGAUCGAUGUUCGCGAGCCCUAUGAGGUCAUCGAGGGACGAAUCCCGACUGCAAUGCACAUCCCUGUCGGUGAUUUGAACGAGGCCCUGGAGAUGCCGGCCCAGACCUUCCAUACCCUCUAUGGUUUCAACAAGCCUGAGAAGGACCAGCUCGUCGUGUUUUACUGUCGCAGCGGGGUGCGGUCUACCGCCGCUGUGGGCAUCGCCAAAGAGCACGGAUACCAGUUGCUGAAGAACUAUCGGGAGUCCUGGUUGGGAUGGAACCGAUGAAGCGAGUGUGAUUUUGCAGAUGACCACGAGCGGCCAUGAACUCGGCACUCUACCAAGCACAGAAUCGCAUUGAGCAUUGAGGGUGCUAUUUCAAGGUCCAGAAAACAAAGCGGCCAUUGGCCUCAAAUACAGAGCAUCCCGGUUCAGUUUCGGGAACGGCGUAUCCAGAGCGAGGGGGGGAUUGC